GGCGAACAGAACUCAUUCCAUUUCUCAUGGCAAUCUCCAUCUCCGCUUGUGCAACUCCUCACUGGACCAACACAAGUAUUCGUUCAGUUAAACAAUGCAAAUUCGUUGGUCAAUCUGUGAGUGCAUUGCCAAUUCGGAUCAUAACGGUGGGGAAGAAGAGGUCCCCACUCCCCAGGUGUCCAGUUGCUGGUAGAUGGAUUUUAUUUGCCGUCAACGAAGUAUACGGCGUCGUUUUCCAUCACGAAAGGAGAUCAUCCAUCCGGCGAGCAGAACUCAUUCCAUUUCUCAUGGCAAUCUCCAUCUCCGCUUGUGCAACUCCUCACUGGAUCAACACAAGUAUUCGUUCAGUUAAACAAUGCAAAUUCAUUGGUCAAUCUGUGAGUGCAUUGCCAAUUCGGAUCAUAACGGUUGGGAAGAAGAGGUCCCCACUCCCCAGGUGUCCAGUUGCUGGUAGAUGGGAUGUCGAUAAGGUUAGAAACUACUGUCCUGUUGAUGCUGUUCUAAUAUGGUCUAACCCCAAAAAUGCACGAGAAGUGAGGGCCCAGGUUGAUGAUGAAGAUAUGGCUGUCAUGAACCAUAUCAGGUCUGAUGACUGGGUUGUGAUGUUGGAUGAGCAUGGAUUGGAUAUAGGUUCUGAGCGGUUUGCUGAAUUAGUAGGAGAUGCAGGAAGUAAGGGAGCUUCAAGGUUAUUAUUUUGUAUUGGUGGACCUUGUGGUCAUGGAAGGCAAAUACAAGAACGUGCUAAUAUAUCAGUCAAGUUAUCUUCAAUGGUCUUGAAUCAUCAAAUUGCACUUCUUGUGCUCGUGGAACAACUUUACAGGAGAAGUCAUAGAGCUUUCUCUAAAGGGCCUUUUUUUCCAGGUCAUGGACUGUUCUGAAGGGGCAGAAGUACCAUCAUUAGAUAUUUCUCUUAAUCUGAACCAUUCAAUGUGAGUAAUGCUAAACUCAAUGCCUAGCAUUACAAAUAUUCUAAAUCAAAUUAAUCUCUCUGCUGCAAAACAGGGUUGCUUGGGACACAUCUGAGCCAUGUUAAUUGUAUUGUCAAGUAUUUUAUCAAUGAGUAUAGAUUGGGAACCUCGAAUGUCCCUUUUUAGUAGACACAGACCAGAGACAAGUCAAUGGAGUUCUGAAUAUCUGGCUGUUGUUCUAACCUUCGAUUUAGUCUAUAUGAAAACAUAAAAAUGGAUGUGGCAAUUUCACUGCAGAAGUAGCACACACAAGCAGUAUAUCCAAAGAAAAGCUUGGUUUGGCCAUUUGUAUCUAAGUUUCAAGCAUUCAGUGGUGAAGUGCGAUUGUGUUGAGUGGUCCUGGAUUUUCAAGUUACUGCAUAUGAACCACAUUCUAAAGAGGACGAACUUCUGCCACAUUUUCAAAAUAAGACAUAUUAAUACAGAAGGAAAUCGUGACACCAAGAAGUCAGUCAAGAGAGGGACUUAUUGCUUUCAAGCUUAAUCCAGUAAAUAUUAGGUGAACUUGGAGGAUUAAUAUCGAUUCAAGAAAACAUUUUUUUGGCUUGAUCUUCCCUCCCCUUCCCUUUUUAAUUUACAUUCAUGAUUCAAUUAAUGAAAGAGUAGAACCGUAUGUCUGAUGCUAACAUUUUCUGGAGCAGAUUUCCAUGGAUAGAAGAGAAUAGAUUAACACAAGAAAGUCAUCCCUGAACUUUAAACUUUGAACUAGGUAUGAAUUUGAACAUUUUUGAAGUACAUAUUUAUUACUAGAUCAGCUUGAUUUGUGUAAAUAUAGACAUCUAUAUUUA